AUGCUGCGACACUUUUAUCAGGAAGUGCUUCGCGUGUGCACGGGAAGCACUCCUAGUUGCAUGGCUACUGCUUCCAAUAGCACAUGCCAACGGAGGUAUAUUGCCACGCUUCCCAUAGUUGCACUGGCGACCGAAAAACAAGGGCAUAGUAAUAAAUAUUGUGUGGCCAAUGAGAAUCGUGGGGCUGUCGCAUCGGGUGGUGUUUCUAUGCCUCCUGCUGCGGCGAAUGACAGGCCGCUCAUGAUGGAACUAGGCUUUUCGCAGUGCAAGAACAUAUACACGUGGGAGAGGUCACAUGAGGAGCCCGGGACGUUUCUGCCCGUUUCUCAUCGCGAGAAAAGUCUUCUUCAGCGUUUGUGUCUUUUUGGAAUGCCACGAGGAUACCCAGAAUCAUGCGAGGUUGGUUUUCGUCGUUAUUUUCUUCUCUCACUCUGUAGUUCUUCCGUUUCCAGUUUUGCCUCUUCUAUUGGCUACCAGUCUAUUCUGAAUGGUUUUUUUCUUGGUUCCUCUCCCCAGCUGUGGAUGCUGAAGGACCUGCUCCCGGCACUUGCCGCCGCGUAUCUGGCAAAUCGUAUUGUUUCAUACGAAAACCGACCCAAGUUUUGGUUUUUUGUUAGUGUCGGCAUGCACAAUCUUUCUGUGAUUGCCGACAUGCUGAUUCCCUCGCUGCUGUCGCAGUAUCUUCUCUUAGGUGCCGUCAUAACCUCAUGUGUGCGGCAAUCGGCGUCGCUUAUGUUUUUGGUGUCACGUGCUGCUGCCCUGCAGCACUUUGCCCUGAGCAACAAUCUUGCGGAGCUCACAAAGAAGUUAAACUCCUUUGGAAUGGUGAUUUACACACUUUUUACAGCAUUUGGCAUUAUGUACACUUCCGUUGUGACCUCGCUGGUAGCACAACUUGUCACUGUAGUAUUUUGCUGUGCGUUGAACCUAGUUUUAUCCUACCUGUCAAUGAACAAAAUAGCAUUUCGUAUUUUGAAUGUCACGACGCUUUCUGUGGUGUUGCGCGACUACGUGGGCAGGGAGGGUGUGCAUCGGCGCCAUACACCCACUCCACAGGAGGUAAACGAACGUAUAGGGCUAUGCAUGCUGGAUGAAAAGGCAUCCAAUCCUAAUGAUCGCACCAAGCUUUUGUACGUAAGCCCUCCCGUUAGUAAACUUGGGGUUCGUUUUGACAGGCUUGAGGAGGAUGUGUUGUAUGUUUGCUCAUCGGAGAUGUUUUUAUUGGCCUUGUGGGAACCCACAGCUCCGCUAUCGUUGAAAGAGUGCUGGUUGCGCUGGGAGCUUCCAAAGGUACAUAGACCGUUGUUUUCAACCUCAUCGUCAGGUGCCGCAACGAAAGACACGUUCUUUCGCAGCGGUGUUGGCCCUCGACUUGUGCUGUUGAUUCACAAGGAUUGUGAUCAGUUGCAUUUACUGACGGCCUACCUUUUGGCCUACACCUCACUGUUGUACCAUGCUGAAACACUGGGGGAACUAACUCGGUUUCUCCGCUCGUGCAACGAGGAGCAGUCUUUGUGGUUGCGGCACGGUGCCGAGUUUCAUGAGGCACUUCGGCAUGCGGGGUGGGACGUGCAACAGCUCGCGUUGGAUCCCCCGGACUUUCGCCUGUCGAAUCUGCGCUUUGCUAUGCGCAGGGUGCAGCAGCCCACGUACUGCGCACGACGGGAGCUGGGCGGCAGCCACAUGCGGCGCCGACAGACGAACGAGGGAGGGAGCGGUGGUGCCACGCAUGGGCAACACAAAACAUAG